CUUCCGUGAUGCUGGUUCUCAUAUGACUACAGUAUAGCAAUGCGAGUGGUGUCCAUACCAAAUUUAGUUCUCCUUAGUGUAACGAUAUGUUGUUCCUUGACAGAAACGUUGUCAAAUGGUACAUCUCCGAACAUUAUCAUCAUGCUCAUGGAUGACAUGGGCUGGGGGGACCUGGGGGUGCUUGGUCAGCCCUCCAAAGAGACCCCCAAUCUGGAUGCCAUGGCAGCUCAGGGGAUGCUCUUAACAAACUUCUACACUGCCAACCCACUUUGUUCCCCUUCACGAGCUGCACUUCUUACUGGGAGGCUGCCUGUCAGGAACGGUUUCUACACCACUAAUGCUCAUGCCAGGAAUGCUUACACACCACAAGAGAUAGUAGGAGGAAUCUCCAAGGAUGAAAUUUUGUUGCCUGAAAUGCUUAAGAAGAAAGGUUAUGUCAGCAAGAUAGUUGGCAAGUGGCAUCUGGGCCAUAGACCACAGUACCUUCCUCUGGAGCAUGGUUUCGACGAAUGGUUCGGCUCGCCAAACUGCCACUUCGGCCCUUACAACGGCAGCGUCCGACCCAACAUCCCCGUCUACAACAACUCUGAGAUGAUUGGAAGAUACUUUGAGGACUUUAAGAUUGACCUGCGGACUGGAGAGUCAAACCUUACUCAGAUGUAUUUGAUGGAGGGUAUCGACUUCAUACGGCGUCAGACUGACGCCAAACAGCCCUUCUUCCUCUACUGGGCCGCUGAUGCCACUCACGCCCCAGUCUAUGCCUCCAAAAGCUUCCUAGGGAAGAGCCAGCGAGGUCGUUAUGGCGAUGCGGUCAUGGAGUUGGACUACAGUGUCGGUCAGAUCCUUUCCCUGUUGCAGGGUCUGGGCAUAGAGAAAAACACCUUUGUCUUCUUUACUUCAGACAAUGGGGCAGCUCUAAUAUCAAGCCCACAUGAAGGUGGCAGCAACGGGCCGUUCCUCUGUGGGAAGCAAACGACGUUUGAGGGGGGCAUGAGGGAGCCCGCCAUAGCCUGGUGGCCGGGACACAUCAAGGAUGGCACAGUGAGUCUCCAGCCCGCCAACGUCAUGGAUUUGUUCACCACCAGUCUGGCCCUGGCCGGCAUCAGCCCCCCAGACGACCGAACGCUGGACGGAAUGGACCUGACGCCAGUGCUGUUAAACGGCUCCCACAAACUUCACAACAGCAGACCUAUUUUCUUUUACCGUGGGAAUGAGAUGAUGGCUGUGAGGCUUGGACAAUACAAAGCACACUACUGGACCUGGAGCAACUCGUGGGAGGAGUUCCAACAUGGUAUAAAUUUUUGUCCAGGUCAAGAGGUUCCAGGUGUGACAACCCACGAUCAGAAAGAACACACGCUUCAACCAUUGAUUUUCCAUCUGGGCCAGGAUCCUGGAGAGAAAUAUCCACUCAGUGUUUUAACCAUGGAGUACCAGGAGGUUCUGCGCAACAUCUCUGCAGUUGUGCAGCAGCAUCAGAAGACUCUGGUGCCUGGCAUGCCCCAGCUCAACAUGUGUGACCUGGCAGUGAUGAACUGGGCCCCUCCUGGCUGUGAAAAGUUGGGAAAGUGCCUGAAACCACCCAAGUCUGCACCCUGGAAGUGUCUCUGGCCACACUGAGAUAAACACCCCGAUCAAGUCGCAGAGUCAAGGAAGCAACACUUGGAGAUGUGCCUUACAAAUCAGUGUGAACAAAUGUUUUUUUACUUUAGUGUAUUUUUUAAAUCUUUGCAAAAUCCUACAUUGUUGCAGAAAAUGAAAUGGGAUCAAAUCAAGGCAAACGUGGUGCUUUAUAAACUAAACAUUUGCUGUGCUAACAGGGAUGAUCUAUUUAUGUUGAUUGAGCCUGAAAAAGAAUCAGUCACCCUACAUGUUUCAGCCUUCACAUUUUGCACUGGACAAAUAGAUUUUGUUGUGAACAUGGUUUUAUUAUGAUGUAGGAUGACUGUUCAGAAAGCUGUGGAGCAAAGACACAAACAGCUACAGAUGGAAGGUGUUUAUCAUUUUCUCUUUAAGGCUUUUGGUAGUCUGGUCCUCUCUUGCUUAAACAGACUUUUACAUCAUCGUACCUCAACUAAAAUCAACUAGAUGUUGUAAAAUCUAAACAUGACACCUUCACAGAUGCUGCUUCUAAUUGCGUAACUACUGUAUUUACCCGUUCUGAUGGGAACACCUCAGAGCAUUAAUAACUAGUCUCCUAUGGGCAUUUGAGUCAAGUAGAACUUAAAAACAAGAUUUUAAAUCAUUCAUUUCUGUUUUAUGAAGUGGACUUGUGUGUUUUCUCUUCUAUUUAUUCUAUUUGCUCACUGUUCUUUCUGGAUGUUUGAGAUGUUAUUUCAUUGGCCUUAAUUAUGUAAAAAAAAAUACUAUUCAACCUUUUUGUGCAACUGUCAUCUGUUUUUAAAGUGCUUUAAAAACAAAAAUAACAUUGGUGAUAACUCAAGUUGUUUUUUUGUAAGCCAAAAUGAUGAACCAUGCACAAUAUCUUUGAAAGAAUUAAUUAAAAUUGUACAAAAUGGAUUUAAAUUGAUAUACAUCAGGCUCCACAAUUAUUAUUGCUUUUAAUAAAGGUGUGUCCAAAUCAUUAAAAUAAAUACGGACACUUGUUGACCACAAGAUGCAACUAUCUGUAUUGGAGGUUUAUUUUUUUAUCUAAUUUAUCAUCCUCCUUACUGAGGAUCCAACCUAGUUUGUCAACGUUUGAGUUAAACUGUUUAACUAUGUAGAUGUUUAGACCAAUAGGUAAUUUGCUAUGGGCAUUUCUUCACAUAAAGUUCAGGUCUGUCUUACCCUAAUAUCUUUUCUUGUCUUUCUCAUUUUGAAAAAAACAUUUUCUUAAUUUUUUCCCAACUCAAUAAAAGUACUUAAAGGUG